UGGAUAACGGGACGAGUGCCGAGGUGCUGUUGGCUUUUGCAGCAGCGACGUGCGCGCGCUCGCGCCAGUCGGGAUGUAUUGGCAUGUCUAUCGGGGAGGCGGACAGAGCCGUGCGUCCACUUUGUUCACAAUUGAAAGAGCGGCGCCCAACAACCGCGACGCCCUUGCGCGCCACGACGGAGAAGCAAAAUAACGCCCUGUUGUCGCCUCAUCAAGUGCUCCGGGGGCCGCUUGACACCCGCUGGUGGCCAUGUCCCUCGAGGAAGGAGUCUUCGGGACGAUCAACAGCGACCUCCGGUGGGACUACGAAAGCGGCGCUGCUCUCUCGGAGAGUGGCGACGCGGAUGAACCUCUCAUUCGAGGUAGCGACAACGGCGACGCUAUGCGUAUUUCGUUGUGGGCGCGCAUCAGGAAGCACGCCUGGAUCGUGCCGGUGAUUUACACGCACCUGUGGGCGGCCGCCGUCAUCUCGCUCGUGGCGCCUUUCUUUCCGCCGCUCGCGGACUCCAGAGGCAUACCAGCGUGGAAAUAUGGAUUUUUCUUCUCAACAAUGAAACUCAUGAUGCUUCCAGGAGCUGUGAUAGCCGAGAAGUUGAUGUCGGGCGUCUCCGCCAGGGCUGGCUACCUAGGUGGACAGGCGACCACUGCGCUAUUCUCUGUCACAUGCGGCUUUCUCUACUGGAUAAAGAGCGGAAACCUACUUCUGGGCGCUUCCUUGCUCAUGGCAGCUUUCGGCGGCUGCUGCAACACAGUCUACAGCGUUUGUCUGUACACUUUACUAACCUCAAGGUUUCAAGACGAUGGCGGCAUGCUCAUCGGCCUGAUGGAGUGCCUGUGGGGAGCAGGCACGUUGAUUGGAUCGGCCAUCGGCGGGUCUCUCAUUGACCUUUGGGCAUUUCCUCUCCCUUUCUUCGUCAUGGGCGGCGUACUACUUCUAUCGUUGCCCUUCAUGGCAAUGAUAAAUCCAAGGAGCUCCAAGCAUGAGCGCCCAACAAACGACAGCGUGCCUCAACAACAGUGUGGGGAGAAGAAGUACUGGCACCUCAUUUCUGAUCUCAUAUUUAUAGUUAACCUUGUCACCGUCACAAUAAGUUGGGCUAUGACCAGCUUCAACGAACCAACUUUGGAACCAUUUUUGCGUCAGUUUAACAUGUCAAGCACAGAAGUGGGAACGGUAUUCACAGUCCAAUUUGUUGGAUAUUCAAUUGGUGCCUUACUUGGAGGUCUUUUCGCGAAGUACAAGAUGGAACCAUUCCUGAACUUUUUCGGGAUGUUGCUGUCAACGAUAGGGUACAUCAUACUCGGCCCGAUACCUAUCAUACCAAUUCUGCCGAACGUUUUCUUUGUAUAUAUAUCUCAGAUAUUCAUCGGUGUCGGCAUGGCAGUCACAUACGUCAGCCCCUACAUGCAUGCUCUCAGGCACAGCGUUGAGACCGCUGGUUAUCCCGACAGUGAGAAAACCCACGGAGUAGUCACAAGCGCCACUUACCAGUUCAUGGUUUUUGGUGCCGUCAUAACUUCCCCCUUGGCGGGAUUUGUGACCCAGAAGCUUGGCUUUCCAUUUUCCUCCAUGAUUUUCGCCGGUGUUCUGGCUUUUUGGACCAUCGUGACGGGCAUUGUGUGGUUGCACCUAGAUUACUCACUUUUCGGUAAGAAGCGACCACCUGGGUGCCAAAAACCUCCUACGACAGAGGAUGAAGACAAAGUCCAGGCAGCGCCCCACUCUUCGUGACGUUGCAGAAAAGUAUAUC